ACUCCAUAUAUUCAUUCCUUGGCGCCUAUCAUGGUAGAAAAUCUAAAAGCCGUGGAACAGAAGAAACCAAAGAAUAACACAGAGGUUUUGGCUGUCCAGGAAGGCAUCAAAGUCAUAGAGACAUUGGUCGCCUUGGGAGAGGAACAAAAUAGAGUUCAGCUACUUGCUCUUCUCGUACCAACGCUCAUUUCUUAUUUGUUGGAUGUCAACACUUUCAGCUCAGCCUCCCAACCAUCAAAGGACCUACAUGAAUUUGCACUUCAGGAUCUCAUGCGCAUUGGGCCUCUUUACCCCCAGGCUUUCAAGACUGUCAUAGGGGCAGCGCCUGAGCUAAAAGCACGUCUGGAAACUGCCAUCCGAGCAAGCCAGGCAAGCAAAGCCCAAGCUGCUUCACGCCAGCCAACACCAGCCAUUCAGAGUGCACCUACUAUUAAACUCAAAACAAGCUUUUUCUGAAGAAGCAGAUUCUUUGGUUCUGUAUUCAAUGUAACUAAUACUGCAAAAAGCCACUUUGCACCUUUGCUUGGAUCUUUGAUGGAGGAGGAACACAACAUUUUGGCACAGGGAUUGGGAGAUAAAAAAAAUCCCCUUAAUACCACCCUCCUGCCCUCAAUUCAUAGCUGUUUUAUUUUUUUUUAAAAAGCGUCCCAUCCCACUGAUCUACUGGCAUGCUGGGAGCUCAUUUGCAUCUGAACAUCUUGAAGUUCUAACAGAAUGUAGAAUUUUUUGUAUAAAUCUACUGGUCCCAAAGAGCAAGGCAUUUUUAGAUUAGCUGGCAGUUACAGUUGGCAGUUACAGUUGGCAGUUAUAUUCAUUGUGGCGUGUGUUCUCGGUUACUUCUUCCAUUCUUUAUGUGGAUUUGGCUUAUUGGUGUAUUCUGGGUGUGGGUUUCCAAACUUUCUUUCCAUUGUAAAUAGCUGUCAAAUUGUAUCAGAAUACCAGCUGUUCUGCCCAAGAAGGGGUCAAGUACGUUACAAAUAUUGGAUUAUAAUGGGGAUCAUUUAAAAAGCAUUCGGUACUUUACUUCCCCACAAUAAAUACUGUAUAUCAUUGAGUCUUAAGGAGCGAGGCAAUAUUUAGAUUUACAUUAGUUACACUGUGUGUUUGGUUCUGUUUUUCAAUUUGACAUUCCUUAUGUUGUUUUAUUCACUAACUACUGUGUGUGUUUUAAAAGUACUGUUAAGUAAAUUAUUAACAAUUUGUUGAUUUGUGUAUAAAGAUGAAUAAAUAGCAGUCAAGGUGUUUGUGCAGAUGAA